UUGGCCAUGGCUGAGGUGAAUGGACCGGGGCCCCUGGUGGCCGAGCCGCAGAUUGCCAUGUUCUGUGGGCGUCAGCUGCUGCACAUGAACCCUGAGACUGGCCAAUGGGAGCCUGACCCGCAGGGCCGCCAGGGCUGCUUCACAGAGCCCAACCAGAUCCUGUCCUACUGCCAAGAGAUGUACCCAGCCCUACAGAUCUCCCAUGUGGAGGAGUCCUCCAGCCCCGUCACCAUCCCAGCCUGGUGUAAGAAGGGCUGGGGCCACUGCCAGACACGCCCCUUCAUCGUCAUGCCCUACCGCUGCCAGGUGGGUGAGUAUGUGAGUGAAGCCCUGUUGGUUCCAGACCGAUGCCGUUUCCUGCACCAGGAGCAGAUGGAUGCCUGUGAGAGCUACGUCUACUGGCACAACAUAGCCAAGGAGGCRUGCACAGCAGACGGUCUGGAGCUGCAUAGUUAUGGGAUGCUGUUGCCGUGUGGCGAACGUUUCCGUGGGGUGGAGUAUGUGUGCUGCCCAGGGAGGGGCGGGUCCAGUGGCAGGGGGGAGACRGAGGGAGGGGACGUUCUCCCAGCAGGACCCCAGGCCCUCACCCCUCAGGUCAAAGUAAACACAGGAGUCAAAGUGACAACACCCACCACAAGCCCCUCUCCUGACACCGAUGUGGAUGAGGCAGACAUGAAGGAGGAAGACGAUGAGAUGGUGGAAGAGAAUGAGCAGGUGGUGGAAGAGGAUGAGGAGGAGGCAGUAGAGGAUGAUGAUGAGGAGGAGGAGGAGGAGGAAGAGGAGGAGCAGCAGCAGGAGGUUGCAGAAGCAGCAGCAGUGAAAGACCCAGAGGAGUAUGAGUACUCCAUUGACUCUGGCCCCUACCAGGCUACUGACUACACAGACUCCUUCUACUAUGAGAAAGGCCAGGGUCAGGCUGGUCGCAACCCCUCCACAUCCCCACCCCAGACCAGGGGAGACAGCCUACCCACCCCUCGCCCCACAGAUGGUGUGGAUGUUUACUUUGAGAUGCCAGGGGACGACAGCGAACACGCCAACUUCCUGCGUGCCAAGAUGGACCUGGAGGAGCGGCGAAUGAAACGCAUCAAUGAGAUCAUGAAGGAAUGGGCUGAGGCUGACAACCAGUCUAAGAACCUGCCCAAGUCUGACCGCCAGGCCCUUAAUGAGCAUUUCCAGUCUGUGUUGCAGACUCUGGAGGAGCAGGUGGCAGGGGAGAGACAGAGGCUGGUGGAGACCCAUCUGGCCCGUGUGGUGGCCACCCUCAACAACAACCGCAGACUGGCCUUGGAGAGCUACCUGACCGCCGUGCAGGCCGAGCCCCCUCAGCCGGAGCGGGUGCUGCAGGCUCUGAAGCGAUACAUGGCAGCAGAGCAGAAGGACCGCAGACACACUCUGAGACACUACCAGCACAUUGAGGCCGUCGACCCCCAGAAGGCUGAGCAGAUGAAGUUCCAGGUCUACACCCACCUCCAUGUGAUUGAGGAGAGGAUGAACCAGAGCUUGGCAUUACUCUACAAGGUCCCUGCCUUGGCUGAGGAGCUGCACGAUGAUAUCCAGGAGCUGGUGAAGGCGGAGCGAGGAGACAUCAGUGAGCUCAUGACCACUUCCUUCUCUGAGACACGCACCACCGAGGAGCUGCUUCCUGCUGAGAGUGAGGAGGAGAAGGAUGAUGAGGAGGAGGAGGAGAGAGCCUUCCAGAACAGGCCCUACCCACCCCGCAUUGACCCACAGCCCAACACUAAGAAAGCCUCUACAGACGAGUAUGACUAUGCCACAUCUGAGAGAAGCCCCACGUAUGAAUAUGAGGAGAAAAUUAACACCUCUGUGGAGCUCAAGCACGUGGUCUACAAGUCUCCUGAGAUCCAGACAGAUGAACUGCAACCAGACGCCCUGGAGACGUUCAACCGCGGGGCCAUGGUGGGGUUGCUCGUGGUUGCCGUGGCCAUCGCCAUGGUGAUGGUGAUUAGUCUGUUGCUGGUGCGCAGGAAGCCGUAUGGCACCAUCAGCCACGGGAUCGUGGAGCAGGUUGACCCCAUGCUGACCCCAGAGGAGCGCCAACUAAACAAGAUGCAGAACCACGGCUACGAAAACCCCACCUACAAAUUCUUUGAGCAAAUGAACUGAGGCGGUGGGUGUGGCCUCCCGGUCAUGCCCAAUCACACGAUGCGCUCCCUUUCCUUGCUUCCCCUCCUAGGGGCAGUCCCAGUCACACCCCCUAUGAUGUAUUAAGACGUAUCAUUACGACCAACACUUUAAUGUAACUUGACAAGCAAAUAGGGGGUAUAUGCCCCAAACCUCUGACUAACCAUGUCCCCACAUCA